AAAACUGCAGGAGCACAAGCUACGCUUUAUCCCGCCAGUGCAGCUCACAGCGACAGGAAAUCUUAAACUCACUCAGCCCUUGCUCUCAUCACAGCCCCGGCUUUCUCUCUCUCUCUCUCUCUCUCUCUCACACACGCUCGUUCGCUCGCUCGCUCCCCGGCCGCGCUCACACACAAAGGAAGGUUGGCUGCGUCCAGCGUGAAGAUGAAGGGAUCCUGGGGAAGGAUGGCUCUGGCCCUGGUUCUGAGCGCUGUGCUCCUGCACGAUGCUGUGGUCUGUGACGAAACAACGAUGGAACCUGCAGAUGAUGUUUCUCCAGUGGGCCCAGCAGCUGACAAUGUGGACACAGCAGCUGAUGUAGACACAGCAGCUGAUAACGUAGACACAGCAGCUGACAAUGUGGACACAGCAGCUGAUGUAGACACAGCAGCUGAUAACGUAGACACAGCAGCUGACAACGUAGACACAGCAGCUGACAAUGUAGACACAGCAGCUGAUGUAGACACAGCAGCUGAUAACGUAGACACAGCAGCUGAUAACGUAGACACAGCAGCUGACAAUGUGGACACAGCAGCUGAUAACAUAGACACAGCAGUUGAUAACGUCACUAUAGUCACCAUCCCAGCAGUUGAAGCCACAAUGCCACCCACAGAGAAAAGCCUGGGAGACAUCCAAACCACAGACACACUGACCACAGCUACAUCUGCUGUUCCAGCAGGUGCAGAGGACCCGACCACAGCUGAACCGGCACCCCUGGACACCACGCAAGCCCUGGCUGUGUCGACCGCAGCCCCAGAGACAGCUAGCGCCCUGGCAGCCACACAGGAAGUCCAAACGGACUCCCGGCAGACUACAGAAGCCGUCACAUCUGGCCCAGCAACUGACCUGGUCGCCAGCUUUGCCACAGAUGUGCCGACUGACACACAGACCUCAGAACAGACCCCUGAGAGCACCACUGUAUUUCAGACCAUGACAGCUAGCUCUACCACUGCCAAAGCUGGGAUGAUGCCUAUUAUCAUCCAAUGUGUGGAAAAAGAAGCUAUUAGUGGCAAAGAUGCAGUGAGGUUGGAGCUAAAGAUGGCAUCCAGUUGUGAGAUCACCAAGAAUAUAAUGGAAAAACAUGCAACAGACCUGUGUGAUGAUGACUGCAAACUUGACAUUUUCCAUGAGGAGAAUUCCAGUUUUGUCAUUGUUACAGGCUCAAAAAUUGAAGAUGAUGUAAUGGCAAUGGCAGACAAGUUCAACAGCGAACCCAUUAAGAAUGCGCUGGGACUGGUUGAGGCCACCCCACGCUGGGGAGAACACCCCCCGACCGUCCUGGUGGCUGUGCUUAUCACUGGCCUGGCGUUGGCCGCCCUGCUCAUUGGUGGAUAUGCCUUCAAGGAACGCCGCAGCCGCAGGGCCAAGGGCAUGAGGCUGGCUGAGGAGUCAUAUCAAGCAGAUGAAGAGAACCAGGGUAAUACCCUGGUCUCAGUGGCCCCUCUGAACCCCCCGUCACCCCAGGAGAAGCCCACCAUCAACGGGGAGUCCCCCAAGGGGGUAAAGAUUGAGCCACCCCCCGCUGCCACCAACGGCCACUCCACCGCCAAGGCCCCAGUGGCUGACACUGAGCUGUGAUCCACAGCCUCGACCCACCGGGACCCAACACUCCUCCGCCUCUCCACCCACCACCGACCCCUUCUACAGGCACGCCCAACCCGCAAGGUGACACCAGAGAUCGUCUCCCACAUCCCCGUGCCCAUCCCCCGAGGAUACCUUCCCCACUUUCUCUUUAUUCCGCUUUUGCAUGAAGGCAAUGGGAGAUCCAAAGCCCAGUAGUAAUGACCCCAGUACGUGAGGACUGCAGUGGCAGUGAUAGAGCUGUGCGUAAUGAGAGUGCAUGACCCUGUGGGUGCUGACUGCUGGGUGUGGAAGCACUGGGACAAGACUGGGUGGAGGACUGUGGCGUGUUUAGGCCCACCAUUAAUCAGCACAGGGUCCCAUGACUCCUACUACACUGUCAAUGCCUGUGAGUCCUACAAGUUUCACUGUAGUUUAGUUUCCUCAAAGUCCAUGUUACUACAGUAAUUCAAGGCCACACAGUAAAAUGUUAAAUCAAAUCGAUGCUUAGAGAGUAUGUAUGGUCCCUGCUGGACUCAUGUACUCUGAUAGAGUUGAUUUAACUCUGGACAUUUUACCGUGCACGUGAUUACAAAUGUAAGUACUUAUAGCUUUUAAUUAAUUUGUGACUAUGAUCUCAAGUCAUACAAAUUAUACGGCAAGCUGUUAAUAAGCUUUUAAGCUGUUUACAAACUUAUCAAAUAUCAAAUGGGUAUGAGUUUGUGUUUUCAUUUGUUAAUAUGUUUAUAGAAGAAUGUGAUGAUUAAUUUGAUAGGUAUAGCCCUACAUAAGUCUGACUAAGAUGUGAAAUGACAAGGUGAUGGGGUGAGGGAAAUGCCCAAGGAGAAUGAAACCUUGUCUUCUUAUGGUGCUUAAUUUCACAUUAUCUGAAUAAUGCAGAUAACCUCCACCUCAUUACUGCAAGCUUUACCAGGAUCAGCCAAUGGCCUGGUAGGAAGGGCAGAAGCUCAAGUGCGGGGCUGCUGUUUAGCAGCGAUGUCAUUGGUUACUGCUGAAAUCCGGAUGCCGCAUGAUUGGCAGGUUGAGCCUAUGACACACCUGCUGGAGUUCGAGCUGUUCUGUUUUUUUUUUUUUUUUAAAGGGAACCUCCACUGGAAUAAGACAUGAGCUCAGAAUGCAGAGAUUAAUAACGAAUAUCUCAUUUGUUUUGUGUCAUUUUGUGGCGUCCAGGGGUGUGGUUGUACCGGUCAUUGAUUUGCAUUAAUAUUUUAUUACAAUCAUUUGAACUAAAGCCACUCCUCAGUAAAAAUGGCGGCAAUCAGUUGAAUGUCCAAUUCAAGUCAAUAUGCAUUACAACCAUGCCCCAGGACAUGACAAACAGUCUUCACCCUGUUAAAAGGAGAAGAACCAGAUAUCACAAACUGCAUUGCUCCAUUGUGUUUCUGAACAAAUGCCUCCACUUUAUAAACUACGAACAUGUAAGCAUCAUUGAAGCAGGAACCCAGUGACAGACUCAAUUUACUGCAUUUUAAGCUCAUGAUUUGUCAUUGGAGGUACCCUUUUAAUGCCAGUGUUAUGUUCUUAGUUCUUGUGUUUAAUACUUUGUAAUGUCAUAGCCCCAACUUUUAUGUCUUUAAGUGGCAUUUUUCUUAAUAUUGACUCUUACUACUGUACAAACUGUGCUCAGCCAAAGAACAAUGUUGAACAGGUGAGCCAAAGAAUCAGGGAGUGUUAAGGAGAAUUUCUUCUGGGUGACCAUAUUCAGAGAUACAAAGUAUUCUUUUCUUUCUUUUUUUCUGACGGGGACUGGAUUUUUAGUACACUUGCAUGAACCUAAUAUUGUAUUCUAGGGUUGAAGCUUAUGAAUGGCGCUUAGCAGCUAUUCCAAUUGUUUUAUUUAGCUUUGAUGUUCAAUGGAGCAACUCAUACACACUCAGUGAUCACUUUAUUAGGUCGACCUGUACACCAGGUUGUUAAUAAAAUAUUUAAUCAGGCAAUCAUGAGGGAGCAACCAGGGUAGUUGUUUUUCAGACCAAAUGUCAGAAUAUGGAAGAAAUGUGAUCUGCGGAAUGAUUGUUGGUGCCAGACUACUGAUUUCUUGGGAUUUUCAUGCACACCAGUCUCUGAAGUUUGCAGAGAAUGGUGUGAAAAACAAAAAAACAUCCAGUGAGCAGCAAUUCUGUGGGCAGGAAUUAAUGAGGUCAGAGGAGAAUGGCCAGACUGGUUGAAGCUGACAGGAAGGUGACAGUAAUGCAAAUAACCGCACAUUACAACAGUGGUAUGCAGAAGAGCAUCUCUGAACACUCAACGUGUCAAAACUCCAACUGGAUAGGUUAUAGCAGCAGAAGUCUAAUAAAUACCUAUUAAAGUGUUCACUGAGUGUAUGUUAAGAACAAAUUGUCUUUCUGAUUCAUGGUUUUGAUUGAGUCCUUUUUUAUUGAAAGAAGGGAACAGAAAUUGGUGUUCAAAGCCACAUUGGUGUUCAAAGCUUGCUUUAUUUCUCAUCAGUUACUGCAGUGUUCUUCACUAGUUCUGAAAAGACGUAUUUGUUGAAGAGAAGCCAAAAACCUCAGCUCAUGCUUCUUUCACCACUCAAGGACAAUUCUCUCUGAGAACUCCACAUGAUUGGUUCAUGCACUGAGAGACAGGAAAUUAUAUUUAAAAUGCAAUCCUCUCUGAUAUGUUUAGAAUUUAAAUCUACAGGACUAGGACCAUUUAACAAAAUAAAAGCUUUUUUUUCUGAGAAAUCUUCACAGAUAUUUUAAAUAAAAUAAAAAACUGUUUAAAUUUGCUGCCAUCAAAAAUCUAUUGACAUCAUGAAAUCAUUGUAUACUCUAAUGAGCCAUUCCAUUAAUGCAAGAUUAUGUCUACAGUUUGCUUCCUUUUCAGUUAGUUUGACUUUUUCCUGAUUAAAUGGAGAUCAAUCAUACAGAAUUCGCCAUUAUCCAUUAUUCUAGGUGUUAAUUUAGUCAGGCUUGGCAUUAGUACCAAGUACCAAGCCUCAUGCUUUAGUAUCAUAUCAGUUUCAUAGCAUUUUAGAAGUGCUCUACUGGCAUUGAAUUGUAUAAGUCAUAUUACUUAAAUUUUAGGGAAGGAAAUGGCAUACAUUGAAAAACUGGGAUAGAGAUACCUACUCAUUUAAUACUGCAAGGUUUUGAAUGCUGUCGGUUCUAAAACUGGAAUUUUCUUUUAUAAUAGUGAGCAUAUACAUUUUUUUCCUUUUUUAUUUUUUGUUGCUGACAUUCCAGAUCCAACUUUUAAUUACACUAGCAGCCAAUGAUACUUUGACUCAAAAUAAACACAUUUUUGUAUGAAUAUAUGUUCGUAAAGAAAAUUGAAUAUGUAAAUAAAACUGUCUCCUCCUCCCUGUAUGCAGCAGCAUAUCUGUAUGCCUUAUAAAACAAGAUCAUGUCUCUAUGA